AUGGCAGCGCGAUCCCGGAGACCCUGGCUGAGCGUGGUGCUGGGGCUGGUGCUGGGUUUCACCGCCGCCUCCUGGCUCAUCGCCCCUAGAGUGGCCGAGCUCAGCGAGAAGAAGCGGCGCGGCGCCAGCCUCUGCUCCUACUACGGCCGCGCGGCGGGGCCGGGGGCGGCNCGGGGCGCGGCGGCGGCGGGCGGGCAGCAGGCGCCGCCGGGGGCAGCGGCGGUGCUGGGCGGCACGAGUUUCAGGAGCAGCCCCUGGGAGCUGCCGCCGGCGGCGGCGGAGGGCACGGUCUCCAGCCCCGCUGCCGGCGGGGAAGGGGAGCCGGAGGAGGAGGACGAAGGCGGCGAGAAGAGGAGCGGCCGGCCUGGCGGCAGCCACAACGGGAGCGGGGACUGGGGGGGCGCCCAGGGCUGUACCAAGCCCCGCAACUUUCUCUACGUGGGGGUGAUGACGGCCCAGAAGUACCUGGGCAGUCGGGCGGUGGCGGCGCAGCGGACGUGGGCACCUUCGGUGCCGGGCCGCGUGGAGUUCUUCUCCAGCCAGGGCUCCGCCGCGCCCCCCGGGAUGCCCCCGCUGCCCGUCGUUGCCCUGCCAGGAGUGGACGACUCUUACCCGCCGCAAAAGAAGUCCUUCAUGAUGAUCAAGUACAUGCACGACCACUACCUGGACAAGUACGAGUGGUUCAUGCGGGCGGACGACGACGUCUACAUAAAAGGUGAAAAAUUGGAGGAGUUUCUUCGCUCACUGAACAGCAGUAAACCUCUGUAUUUGGGGCAGACUGGUCUGGGUAAUAUUGAAGAACUUGGAAAACUCGGGCUGGAGCCUGGAGAAAAUUUCUGCAUGGGAGGGCCAGGAAUGAUCUUCAGCCGGGAAGUUCUCCGUAGGAUGGUGCCACAUAUAGGUGAAUGUCUUCGAGAAAUGUACACCACUCAUGAGGAUGUGGAAGUGGGCAGGUGUGUCCGGAGGUUUGGAGGAACUCAGUGCGUUUGGUCCUAUGAGAUGCAGCAAUUGUUCCAUGAAAACUAUGAACACAACCGCAAGGGUUACAUUCAAGAUCUUCACAACAGCAAGAUUCAUACAGCCAUAACGCUUCAUCCAAACAAAAGACCUGCCUACCAAUAUAGGCUGCACAAUUACAUACUGAGUCGCAAAAUUUCCGAACUGCGCCAUCGGACUAUCCAGCUCCAUCGAGAAAGUGUCCUGAUGAGCAAGCUCAGUAACACUGAAGUAAAUAAGGAAGAUCAGCAACUGGGAGUGGUGCCGUCUUUCAAUAAUUUCCAGCCACGUGAAAGGGAUGAAGUCAUCGAGUGGGAGUUCCUGACAGGAAAGUUUCUUUACUCAAUGGUGGAGAACCAGCCACCCCGGCAGAGCCUGAGCAGUGUCCUGCGGGCUGCACUGGAUGAUACUGUGAUGCAGGUCAUGGAAAUGAUAAAUGAGAACUCCAGAUCUAGAGGAAGGCUCAUUGAUUUCAAGGAAAUACAGUAUGGGUACCGCAGGGUAGACCCUCUGCAUGGAGUAGAGUACAUCCUAGAUUUACUGCUUUUGUACAAAAGGCACAAAGGAAGGAAAGUUACAGUCCCAGUGAGACGCCAUGCUUACCUUCAGCAAUUGUUUAGCAAACCUUUCUUCAAAGAAGCAGAGGAGCUGGAUGUAAAAAGCCUGUUGGAGGACACCAACGGUGACACUCAAUCUUUCUCUUUCCUUUCAAAUUCUUUAAAAAUUUUUUCCUCGUCAUUCCAAGGAACCAAAGACAUUGGGAGACACAGUGACAAGAAAAUACAUAUUCUUGUCCCUAUCACGGGGAGAUUUGACACUUUCUCAAGAUUUAUGGUUAAUUUUGAGAAGACUUGUCUUAUUCCCAAGCAGAACGUAAAGUUGGCAAUAAUUCUCUUCAGUUCUGAUUCAGGCCCAGACUCUAGCAAACACAUAGAGCUAAUGAAAGAAUACAGCAUUAAGUAUCCCAAGGCAGAUAUGACCCUGAUUCCAAUGUCAGGAAAGUUUUCUAGAGGUCUAGCUCUUGACAUGGCCUCGUCUCAUUUUGACAAUGACACUUUGCUGCUGUUCUGUGAUGUUGAUCUGGUAUUCACAUCAGACUUCCUCCAGCGAUGCAGAGAUAACACUAUUCAGGGAGAACAGGUUUACUACCCUAUCAUCUUCAGCCAAUACGAUCCAAAAGUAAUAUAUGGAGGCAACCCUCCAGCUGACAGUAGUUUUGUUUUUACAAAAAGAACUGGAUUUUGGAGGGAGUAUGGAUUUGGAAUUACCUGUAUUUACAAAAGUGACUUACUUACUGCUGGUGGAUUUGAUACCUCAAUUCAAGGAUGGGGACUUGAGGAUGUAGACCUCUUUACUAAAGUGAUAACAUCUGGCUUGAAGGCUUUCAGAAGUCAGGAAGUAGGAGUUGUCCAUAUUUUUCAUCCUGUUCAGUGUGACCCCAAUUUAGAUCCGAAACAAUAUAAAAUGUGCUUAGGGUCCAAAGCAAGUACAUUUGCCUCUACCAUGCAGCUCGCUGGACUCUGGCUACAGAAACAUUUGGGUGUCAGGUACAAUUGGACUCUCUCCUGACACUCAGCCUAUUUGGCCUUUUUAGGGGAGUUUACCUCAUUGCUGUUAUUUGAUUUUGCUGUUGUAGUUUUAAACUCCCUCCUCGUAGUCUUCCAAAGACUGUUGACCUCAAACGGGCUGACUCUGCUGUUCACUGAUGUUUCUUAUGCCUACUGAACUGGUGAGGUGAAUUCCUUCAUAUUUCCUUUAUUUGAAAUUCACUCUUGUCAUGGAAAUCAUACAAGCACAUGGAGCAUAUUCAUCACAAGAGACUGUAUUAGAAGAAUGUUGUCUUUCAGCUUUUGGAUUCAGUAUCAUCUUUGUUGCAUUUCUCAGAUUUGAUGUGAUACAAAUAUUUACUGGUGAAGGUACCACAAAAGUGCUUUACGCUUCUUCUGGGGAUGGAACUCUCUAAGAUAAACUUGAGUUUUAUAAUUUAUAUGAGGACUUAUAUGUAUAAACGCUACUUUUCUUCAUCUUUAGAAUUUUUAAAGUAAAUGAAUAACUAUAACUGUACCUUUAUUUUUUAAAAAAAGAGUAAAGCUGAGGAGC